CUUUCACUUCAGGAGUGGGAUACAGAUCAGACAAUUGCCGCAGCUCGAUCCAGGUGUUCGUUCUUGUUUGUUUCUCCCCUCUACCCCUAAGGACUCAACUUUACCCUUUGGCUCUAGAUACGUGAAGUUGGAGUGAAGUGAAAGUCCAAAGUCAUGGAGUUCGACCCGCCACAGCCCAAGUAUCAAACCUCAGACCCAACGUCAUUCGCGCACAAAUCGGCACGAGAGCGCUGGCCGGCCAUCAUCACGGGCGCGAUUGACGAUGUCACACGCACGGUGUCGAGUCUCCCAGAUUCCGAGUCGGACGCCGUGGCGGAAGGAAAGAAGAUCAUCUCGGCGUUGGCGACAUUGAAAUACGAACUCCAGCACAACCGCGUGUUGACGCCGAUCGACGAUGACGGGGCCCCCGACGUCGAGCUGUACAACGCGGAACUCGCCGCCAGGGGUCCGCCGAAGUGGCACGAUGUCGAGUGGUUGUUCAGCGAGUGCUAUCUAUACCGGCGGAUCAGUGUGCUAUUCAGCAUGGCUACGACGCGGGCGUGGAAAGGGUACGACUGUUUCGCACGGCAGAAGAUGGAGACGUUCCGGAGCAGUCGGCCUGCGGUCGUCGAGUUGGCGGGCCGGUAUCGGGAGAUCGUCUCCCAGAUCAGAGGGAGUAAGGAGCAUAGGGUCGUUCAGGGCGGUGGGGAGAAGGAGGAAGAAGACGCCGAGAGGACGCUGUUCGUCGAGAUGAGCGAGAUCUGUCUCUGGGGCAACGCGACGGAUUUGAGUCUGCUGACCAGUCUGACGUAUGAGGAUAUUCAGAAGUUGCAGGGCAGCGAGGCGCGCAGGGAGAGCGAGAAGAAUGUGCUUGUCAAUGAUCUGGGCGCGGCGUUUGAGGUAUUGAAACGUGCGGAGAGUGAGGGCAAAAGGGAGGCGAGGAGAGUGGAUAUUGUGCUUGACAAUGCUGGGUUCGAGUUGUUUGUCGACCUCGUACUCGCCGGGUAUUUGGUCAGUGUGGGACUGGCGACCGAGGUGGUUUUGCAUCCGAAGAGCGUGCCGUGGUUCGUGAGUGAUGUUGUGCCUGGGGAUUUUGCGAACUUGUUAGAUGUCAUGAGGGAUCCGAGAGGGUUCUAUGAAAAGGAUGGUGAUGGCAAGGAAUUGACCGAGAAAGAGGAGAGCGAUAUCAAGUUCUUGUUUGAGGACUGGAGGGAGUUGCACGAGGAUGGGAAGUUGAUUCUGAGGCCGAAUCGGUUCUGGACGCACGCCGGAAGUUUCUGGCGGAUGCCGCAUAUGGCGCCCGAGGUGUUGGAGGAUUUGAAGGAGAGUGAGCUCGUGGUGUUCAAAGGGGAUUUGAAUUAUAGGAAGUUGACCGGUGAUGCUGCCUGGCCGCCUACGACGCCGUUCGUAUCUGCGAUUGGGCCGUUGGGUCCAUCGUCAGGGGUUAGGGUUCUUGCGCUGCGAACGUGCAAGGCUGAUGUUGUGGUUGGUUUGCCUGAGGGCAAGGAUGAGGAGAUUCGUUCCAUGGAGGGAGGAGGAGGGGACUCCGGGUCGAGGAUGUGGGCGUGGAGUGGAAAAUGGGCUGUCGUUCAGUUCAGUGAUGGGAAAGCUUGAAGCGACUGCAUGAUUUCCCUACGAGACGUCAGCAAAGGGGCAAGACGGAUUGCAAUGAGCGGGAAAGACGUUGGGGAACAGAGUAGACGCAGGCAUGAGACGGAUAGACUAUGGGUGCCUGCCUGGGUAGCAUAGACGGACACGAUACAUCUGUUCACCAUGAUAUCG